AUGCAACAAGUUUUGUGGAAAAAACAUUUUGACGAGCUGUACGGUGCAGUGAAAGACAUUUUGCAUCACCAUUCGUACGAGGAUUGUACGAUCGUGUGCGAGGGCGAACUGUUUCGGGCGCACCGAUUUUUACUGGCGAGUGUGAGCCCAUAUUUUCACAAAAUUUUGUCACAAAACGACACAAACACAACCGUGGUACUGAAGGAUGUAUCGCCGCACGUAAUGCGCAUCAUCAUGCAGUUUCUGUACUACGGCGAGGCGACCAUCUUUAACGGCGAUCUGGAGAACGUGGUAGCGGCCGCCGAACAUCUGGACAUGAUCCCGGUGGUCGCCAUGUUGCGGAAUCAGGGCAAAGAUCAAACGCACCAUCGGUCCGCCGGCAGCUAUCUGGGCUAUGACGUGAACACGAUAGACCACGCAGCGACACCGCCCAGGCUAAGCGUACGGUCGCAGUACAUGGCGCCGAGAAACCGGAAGCGCAUCGCACCGGACUCGGACGAUGAGCAGUUGACCGAUGGACCGGGCCUUAGUCCUGUGGAGCUGACGACAAACGCGGGCCGGGAGAAGGACCACGGCACGGUACAGCCGGCGUCACCGCAACGGUCCCAGCACGCCGGUGCGCUGUCACCGGUAAAGCCGGAACCGACGCCCGGACGCGACCCAGACCUUACGCCAUCAAUCCACGACGCGACAAUGUCACCGCGGACCGUCUCUCAACCGUCGUCGAUCGACGAGGGUGACAAGCUGUGGCCGUACUACGACAGCGUGGGCAUGAAGCUGCUCACCAACGCCGUCCAAUCAACACCAACCGAGGCGGACAAACGGAAGCAGAGCACCGGCAGAAACGUAACGCCCUGUGGCAAGACCGCACCAGCUGUAUAUGACCAUGUCUCACGUACAAGCCUGACAGAUCACGAAACACCACACCUCGCUACAAUGACGCCAGGUGAAAAGUGGUUCCAGGGCCGGUUGGAGUUUAUGCUGAGCCAGCGUGGGAAACCGCUGCUCGUACACGACGGUCACUCGUUCGGCAUACAGUACAUCCGGAAGGACAAGAAGUACUGGCAGUGCAAUCUGUCCCGAAAGUACAACUGCAAGGCGCGGGUAACGACCACCGAUACCGGCGACAUCAUCGUAACAAACAACGAGCACUGCCACACGGAGAUCCGUCAGCAUCUGCGCAAAGACUACAAGACGAUGAAGCUAGCCGCCUCACUCGCGGCUAACCGGGGCCUGUCCGCAUUGCCACUGUUUUCGCCCAAAUCGUUAGCGCUGCCGAACCUUGCCAACGCCUUCCUCCAGUCCGGUGGCGCAGACGCGGCAAACCUUUGCCACACCAGCCCCAAUGCAAGCCAUCAGAGUGAACCGGCGCAGGAGCCGGGCAGCCUCAACCUCACCAUCAACCAGUUGAUCAAACGGGAGACGGGCAACUACAGCGAAUGA